AUGGGUGUUGAGAAAAAAUGGCUCUUCACCCUCUUCACUGCAGCAUUCCUCUCCCUCACCAUUCUCUUGUUCUCUUCCUUCUCUUGCUUCACCUCCCCUAUGCCCUUUCCCUCUAUUGUUCACCAUGGUCCUCAUCACCCUCCUGCUUUUGCCUACUUCAUAUCUGGUGGCAACAGGGAUGGUGACCAGAUCUUCCGGUUGCUGCUGGCAGUCUAUCACCCCAGGAACCGUUACCUGCUCCACCUGGGAAUGGAUGCCAGGGAUGAGGAGAGGCAGAGGCUGGUCGCUGCCGCCAUGUCGGUGCCGGCGAUUCGUGCCUUCCGGAACGUGGAUGUGGUGGGGAAGGCUGACUAUGUGACCUACUUGGGGUCAUCCAAUGUGGCUGUCACUCUCAGGGCUGCUUCUGUGAUGAUGAAACUUGAUGGGGGGUGGGACUGGUUUGUGACUUUGAGUGCGCGAGAUUAUCCCCUUGUCACCCAGGAUGAUCUUUCCCACGUUUUCUCUUCUGUUCAGAGGGACCUCAACUUCAUUGAUCACACAAGUGACCUUGGAUGGAAAGAAAAAGACAGGUUCCAGCCUAUUGUAGUUGACCCAGGACUAUAUUUAGCUAGGAGAAGUCAGAUUUUUCAAGCUACACAGAAGCGGGAUACACCUGAUGCAUUCAACCUUUUCACAGGCAAAUCUAUUCUUUCAUACACUGUCUAA